AUGGGAUACAAUGAUUGUCACUUUGUAAAAGAGGAUAACAUCACUGAAUCAAGCAUAAUUGUCCUGGUAAUCUUAGCAUGUGAGGCUUUUGUCGGGAUGUGGAUAAAUUCUUUCAUUGUGGCCGUGAAUUGUGUUAAACGUGUCAAGCAGAGAUACCUGUCCUCAGCUGAUAAUAUCUUGGCUGUCCUGGCAUUCUCAAGAUUUUGCUUCUUGCUCAAAACAAUGUUACAGACUUUUUGCUCAACAUUUUACCCAGAGAUCUAUUACGCGAACUCCGUAUUCCAAGUAUUCAGAGCUGUUACCUGGUUUUUUAACUCUUCCAAUCAAUGGUUCGCUGCCUGCUUGUGUGUAUUUUACUGUGUGAAAAUUGCAAACUUCAGCCACCCCCUCUUCAUCUAUCUAAAAUUUAAAAUCUCCAGGCUGGUGCCAUGGUUGCUCCUGGGUUCUGUGUUUUUAUCCUUGUUCAGCAGCCUCCCUUUCCUUAAUUCUGUUUACAAAAUAGAGUGUAAUGAUUUCAAUUCCAGUCUCAAAAGACGUUACAAUGUGAAAAAUGUCACAGUGGAAACAUCUGUGUCUCACAUACUUUCUAUCUGUGGCAUUGGAUUUUCCAUGGCGUUCACCAUAUUCAUCAUUUCAGCCUUUCUGUUGUUGUUCUCUCUCUGGAGACACACCCGGCAGAUGCAAAACAACUCGAGCAGUUUCAGGAGCCCCUGUGUGGAGGCCCACAUUCAAGCAAUGAAAGCGAUUAUGUCUUUCUUCCUCAUCAACAUUGUUAACUUUAUAGCUUUGCUGAUCUUGUUGACAAAUAUAUACCAAGAAACAGCUGCUGCAAGCGUUGCCUGUACAAUCAUUGUAGAUGCUUGUCCAUCAGUACAUUCCAUUAUCUUGAUUCUGAGCAAUCCCAAACUGAAAAAAACAUUGAUUAAAGUUAUGCGUUAUGCAAAACAGUUUCCCAAGAGAAGUGGUGGAAGUCCCAUUGCUUUGAAGCUGGACUGGACAACUCACUAG